AUGCCUGCUACCUCGCGAAAACGAACAUCUCGCACCCGGUCCAGAUCAAAGCCAUACGAGCGGCGAGUUGCUAUCCCACAUUCUUCCAGUCCUGCGCUUUCAGAUGACAAGAAGGGUGACGAACGCUCUCCUUCACUAAUCUUGGACACGGCGGACAACCCUGGGUUUCCUACAUAUACUCAGUACAAACGCAUAGAGACCACAUACCUAGAGUCGCUGUCCCCGCGGAAGCGCGACAAAGCGCUCAUAUCUCAGUCCACGUUCGACAAGAUCUGGGAUGUACUACACCAACCAGACGCAUGCAUUAUCGGGACACCGCAGUUUCGCUUCUGGGUCCGCAAGAUGUUCACGCUUAGCACGCCCGACGCCGAGGAUGACAGCGAGGCACCGGUCGUGAUCCUCCAUGAGAACAGACCAGUCGCCGUUCAGGAGCAGCUGUAUGAACUCUUCUGUUACUGUCAUAAAGAGUCCAGUCACGGCGGUCGGGACAAAACCUGCGCUAUCAUCCGCCAGCACUACUCAUGGGUCCCGAAAGAGCUUACUGCGCAGUUUGUCAAAGCUUGCCCUACAUGUACCUUCAAAAGAAGCGGCAAC